UGUAGCGGCCCGGCAGCAGCCGCGGUCCGGGCAGAACACUGCCACUGAGGCACCCGCAGAGCGACGCGGAGGCUGGGCGCCCACCAGUACGAUGGGCCCGCAGUGGAGAUUGCCCGCUUCCGCCGCCGCCUUGAUGUGGGGCUUCCUGCUGCCGCUGACAGCUGCCCAGGAAGCAGUCCUGCAUGCAUCUGGAAAUGGCACACAUUUACCGUCUAAGGACUACUGCCUUCUAUAUAACCCUCAGUGGACAGUGCUUCCAAGUACCCUAGAAAAUGCAACUUCCAUUAGUUUGCUGAAUCUGACUACUACACCACUGUGUAGCCUUUCUGAUAUUCCACGUGGUGGCCUAAAGAACAAAGCAGUUGUGGUACAAUGGGGAACCUGCGAUAUACUUGAAAAAGCCAGAAUUGCACAAAAAGGAGGUGCCGAAGCAUUGUUGGUUGCCAAUAACAGUGUCUUAUUUCCUCCCUCAGGGAACAGGUCUGAAUUUGAUGAUGUGAAAAUACUGAUUGCCUUUAUAAGUAAAAAAGACCUUAAAGAUAUGAAACAGACUUUUGGAAGUGACAUUACAGUAAAAAUGUACUCUCCAUUGUCACCUAACUUUGACUAUACUAUAGGGGUUAUUUUUGUAAUUGCUGUGUUCACUGUGGCAUUAGGAGGAUACUGGAGUGGACUAAUUGAAUUGGAAAACUUGAAGGCAGUGACAAACACUGAAGAUAAAGAAAUGAGGAAAAAGAGGGAAGAAUAUUUAACUAUCAAUCCUCUUACAGUUGUAAUAUUUGUGGUCAUCUGCUGUGUUAUGAUGGUCUUGCUUUAUUUUUUCUACAAAUGGUUGGUUUAUGUUAUGAUAGCAAUUUUCUGCAUAGCAUCAGCAAUGAGUCUGUAUAACUGUCUUGCUGCAUUAAUUCAUAAUAUACCAUGUGGACAAUGCACGAUUACUUGUCAUGGCAAAAGCAUUGAAGUGAGACUUAUUUUUCUCUCGGGACUAUGCAUAGCAGUAGCUGUUGUUUGGGCUGUGUUUCGAAAUGAAGAUAGGUGGGCUUGGAUUUUACAGGAUAUUUUGGGGAUUGCUUUCUGUCUGAAUUUAAUUAAAACACUGAAGUUACCCAACUUCAAGUCAUGUGUGAUACUUCUAGGCCUUCUCCUCUUCUAUGAUGUAUUUUUUGUUUUCAUAACACCAUUCAUCACAAAGAAUGGUGAGAGUAUCAUGGUUGAACUUGCAGCUGGACCUUUUGGAAAUACUGAAAAGUUACCAGUAGUCAUCAAGAUACCAAAGCUGAUUUAUUUCUCAAUAAUGCAUGUGUGCCUUCUGCCUGUUUCAUUAUUGGGUUUUGGAGACAUUAUUGUACCAGGCCUGUUGGUUGCAUACUGUAGAAGAUUUGAUAUUCAGACUGGUUCUUCUUCUAUAUACUAUAUUUCUUCUAUAAUUGCCUAUGCUGUUGGUAUGAUACUUACAUUUGUUGUUCUGACACUGAUGAAAAGGGGGCAACCUGCUCUUCUCUAUUUAGUACCUUGCACACUUAUUACUGCCUCAAUUGUUGCUUGGAGACGUAAGGAAAUGAAAAAAUUCUGGAAUGGUAGCAGCUACCAGAUGAUGGACCAUCUGGACUGUUCAACAAAUGAAGAAAACUCAGCAACUACUGAUGAACAGAUUGCCCAACAAUAAUAUUAUAUGGACCUGCAAUAAUGUUAUUGAUUUUCUACAAAUAAGAGUUUGACUUUUUAAUUCAAUUCCUGAAUUGACAAUCCAAAAGCAUUUUCAAUGAUGUGUUUGCAAAUAUAUAUUUUUAUGAGCUGAUACAGACAAUUAUUUCAUAGAUAAUUAAAAUGCAUUUACUUUUAAUUAUGUUAAAGUUGUGCCUUCGAAUUAAAUAAAAGUAUAUGGUCUGUGUAAUUUCUAAGAUGUAUUGUAUACAGUAUAUUUUUCUAAAAAAAAUCUUGAUUAAUCCCUGUAUUUUCCUUACUGAAAUAUAUUUCUUUCAACUCUAAUGAUAGAUCAAAGUGUAACUAUCAAAGCAAGAUUUUUUGUUAAAGGAUUAGACAUAUUUUAUCUCCUGUAUAAAAUAAAGUAUUUAAGACCAUGCAAGAAGGCAAAUAACAGUGAAAAUUUGGACCUCAUAUCAUACCAAGUUUAGAAAUAUAUUAUUUGGGAAUAAAUAUAAACAUUUUUAUA